CAUAUCUGCUCUGUCUAGCCAGCCUGCUUUGCAAUUCCACAUUAGUACCGUGGAUCGCUUGACCACGGCACCAGCACCGUCAUUUGUCAUCAUCGUCAUAAUCACCAUUAUUGUCGUUCCAAUAGUAUCACACCGUCCACAUGGCCCUAGCACCGAGGUGCUAACAUUCCUACGCAACAAAUCAUCGUCACUCUUUACGCUUCCGUCCCGCUUUGUACAUGCAUGUCAACACUUGGAGCUACAAACACAGCAUCAUUAGCAUGUAAGAGAUGUGCGCCUCAUCAGACACAGACGCCGUUGUACAUGCAGGGCUACACCCCACACGAGAGGAACGGUCCAGGGACUUUUUGUUAAUAAAGUUUCAAACACGGCAUACACACCAAGUACAUGCCACUUAUGACGCUGCAGCAUUUGAACACCCUCUUUCUGCAUCAUCAUCAUCAUCAUCAUCAUCACAUGGCCCGGCACGAUGCACUGCCGCAACAAGCCAUCUUCCCUUUUCUUAAACUUCCUCGGGAGCUCAGAGACCAUAUAUAUGACUAUGCCUUUGCUGCUCAAAACCACCGUUGCCAGCGCCCCAUUGAGCGGCGCAAUCUAAAGUACUUCCAGCCCAGCGCCGCUGCCAUUCUCCUCAUAACCCGCCAUGACUACUUCCUCCUCAACCGCCAAGUCGCCCGUGAAGCGCUCGAGGUGCUCUUCAAGCACCAUACCGUCUAUCUCAGCUGUGGGCCCUUUGUACUCAAGACCCUGUUUCAAAAGAUUGAAGAACCAAAUGGUCCCGGCAGACAAUGGCUCAAGUGGCUGAAAAAGAUACACCUGGACUGGGAGACACUCCCCAACCUACGCAACUAUCCCCCAGAGCGAGAUGAGGCCCGAGUCGAUGACUACUGGGAGCACGACCAAGUUGAAGUUGACGUCGACUACAUCCGAGGCGCAUACUACAACGCCCACUACGACGAGUACGACCACGAAGGCCAACACUACGACGACAACCUGUAUGAUCCUCCAAACAUGCCUCUAUACCCUUCCUUCCGCCACCGUACCCCCUCCCAGCCCCCCAACGCAAACGACCCCUUCGGCCUCUCAACCCACUACCCCUUCAUCGACCCCAACCGCGAUCCCGCACAGGAAGCCUCGGCUGCAGACAUAUCCAGCAAACUCGAUCUCCUCGUCUCCCUCGAAGUAACCCCUUUGUUCACCUACCUCUCCUCGCCUUCCUUCAACCUCACCAGCAUCACCCUCCCCUUGGCCUUUAUAUCCCGCGAGUCGUACCACCACCGCCACCUCUCGCGCCCAGGCUACGCGCUCCCCGUGAAAAUCCGCUACUGGAUCCAAGUCUGUGUCCACGCACUACUUAUGCUCGUUGCCCCGCGUGCACUCGGAUGUGCGGAAUCGACGACGGCGGCGACGACGACGACGAGUCUGCAACAAGUGCGGGUUCGCUAUGCCCCCACGGAUAUCUGGGCGUCAAUGGAACCUGCCGAUGAUCUGGCGCGUAUGGUGGAUGAGGGCGUUUGGUUUGACGCUCCCGACGAGGGGCAAGAGGAUGACCGCCAGGGCCAGGGCGAAGCCUUUCGUGCAGUGUGGGAAGGCAUGAAGGCACGGAUUCCUCUGGAGCAGCGCAAGGAGCUAGGCGAGCGCUGGGGUCUUUGUGCCGCCGUCUCGUUUGUCCCUUGGGAUGGCGAGAUUGAUAAUGGCAGGGUUGGUGACGAGCUCGAGGUCGUAUUUACUAGGGAUCAUUCCUCCCGAUAA